AGAAAGGCGGGGGCGGGGCGAGCAGCGGCGGGGCGUCCGGGGCCGAGAUGACGGUUCACAACCUCUACCUCUUCGACCGCAACGGGAUCUGCCUGCACUACGGCGAGUGGCACCGCAAGAAACAGGCCGGCAUCUCCAUGGAGGAGGAGUUCAAACUCAUGUACGGCAUGCUCUUCUCCAUGCGUUCCUUCGUGGGCAAGAUGAGCCCCGUCGACAUGAAGGACGGGUUCCUGGCCUUUCAGACCAGCAAGUACAAGCUGCAUUACUACGAGACGCCCAGCGGCCUGAAGGUCGUCAUGAACACGGACCUGGGCGUGGGCAACAUCCGAGACGUGCUCCACCAGAUCUACAGCAACAUCUACGUGGAGUUCGUGGUGAAGAACCCGCUGUGCAGCCUGAGCGAACCCAUCCAGAGCGAGCUCUUCCGGGCCAAGCUGGACAGUUUCAUCCGCGGCCUGCCCUUCUUCUCGGCCCGGGCUGGCUGAGCUCCCCCCGCUCCCCCCCCCCCAGCUGGCACCCGCCGCGCCUCUCUACCCGGCUGUGCCGCCCCCAGCCCUCCGGACAAGACACGGGGCUG